CGUGCUUGGCGCGCAGUGGGGCGCGGCCAGUGGCCGGGCGGGGCAACUGUCCUGAGGGCGCCGAGAGGGACAGCACGCUUGUGAGGUCCCCUGGGUUGGACCGAACGACGCCGGUACCCAGCGAUGCCGAGGCCAGACCCGGGUGCCUCGCCCCUCUGAGCCGGGCUCUGCGCGGAAGGCACAGAGAGAGGCCAUGGCGGAGCCCUCCGAGCCCGGGCGGCCGGCGUCCGCAGGCAGCGGGAGCCUGGAGGAGGAAGAGGACGAGGAGCGGGAGCCGCUGCUGCCCCGGAUCGUCUUGGCCCAGCCGCCGAAGGGCGCUCCGGGGAGCGCCGUGAGGCUGGUGAAGGCUGCCGAGGAGGAGGGCGCGGCCUCCGCUGGCCAAGCUGGCGACCAGGAACUGCUGCUCCAGCCCCGGGAUGCGUCUCUCUCCCCAUCCCUGGGUUUGGGGCGCCACCGGAGCUCGCCCACUCACCGGGACCGGCACCGCUCCUUGGGUUCAGAGCUGAAUACAUUCUUGGAUGAUCCAGAAUUUGCUGAUACUAUAUUGAAAGCAGAGCAGGCAAUAGAAUUUGGAGUUUUUCCCGAAAGAAUCUCUCAAGGUUCAAGUGGAAGUUACUUUGUGAAGGAUCCUAAGAGGAAAAUUAUUGGUGUGUUUAAACCCAAAUCGGAAGAGCCUUAUGGUCAGCUGAAUCCAAAAUGGACCAAAUACGUUCAUAAGGUCUGCUGCCCUUGCUGCUUUGGCAGAGGCUGCCUGCUUCCCAAUCAGGGGUACCUUUCCGAGGCUGGCGCUUCCCUUGUGGAUGAAAAACUUCAUCUGGACAUUGUACCAAAAACAAGGGUGGUUUGGCUUGUCAGUGAGACAUUCAACUAUAGUGCAAUUGACCGUGCAAAAUCUCGAGGCAAAAAGUAUGCUUUGGAGAAAGUGCCGAAAGUAGGUAGAAAAUUUCAUCGGGUAGGACUUCCUCCUAAGAUUGGUUCCUUUCAGCUAUUUGUUGAAGGUUACAAGGAGGCUGAAUAUUGGCUUAGGAAAUUUGAAGCCGACCCUUUGCCUGAGAAUAUUAGGAAACAGUUUCAGUCACAAUUUGAAAGAUUAGUGAUUUUGGAUUACAUCAUCAGAAAUACAGAUAGGGGAAAUGAUAAUUGGCUAAUCAAAUAUGAAAAGAAGAAACAAGAAAAAGAAAUUAAGGAAGCAAAAUGGACAAAUGUGGAUAAAGAAUCUCUUAUUAAAAUAGCUGCAAUUGAUAAUGGUCUGGCAUUUCCUUUUAAACAUCCUGAUGAGUGGAGAGCGUAUCCAUUUCACUGGGCUUGGCUUCCUCAAGCAAAAGUUCCUUUUUCUGAUGAAAUAAGAAACCUGGUUCUACCAUAUAUUUCUGACAUGAACUUUGUGCAAGAUUUAUGUGAAGAUCUUUAUGAACUUUUUAAGACUGACAAAAGAUUUGACAAAGCCACUUUUGAAAGGCAGAUGUCUGUGAUGCGGGGCCAGAUCUUAAAUCUCACUCAGGCGCUGAGGGACAGGAAGAGUCCGGUCCAGCUGGUGCAGAUGCCGUGUGUGAUCGUCGAGCGCAGUCAGGGCGGAGGCCAGGGUCGGAUUAUCCACCUGAGCAGUUCCUUCACCCAGACCGUCCACUGCAGGAAGCCAUUCUUUUCCUCCUGGUAGCAGACGUCAGAGUAAGAGAAGCCAACUGUGUGGCAUUAUUGUGUUAUUGGGACCUGACAGUACCAUAAAGCUGCUGUUGCGAGCUCCAGUUGCCAAAACCUCAAGUAGUAUGUCUCUAAACGGUUAGCUUUUGAAUGUAAUCGAAGUUUACAGGUUUUUAGCCAAAUAUUAAAUUUCUUUUUCAGGGAAGAGGUGAUGCAUCUCCUAUAUCAUAUUUUUGUAGAAACAUUGUACUUUAUGUUGAUGUGAGUUUAAGAGGUAAUUUCAUAGUUUACACGUUCUGAAAUGACUGUAAUUACUCGAGAACUCCAAACAGAGCUAUGAGGUCUUUGAUGACUUUGAAUACAGUAACUUUUUAUAUGCUUUUUAAACGUUGAGAAGAAUGCUCAUGUUAAUAACUCUUUUUACAUUAUAAGAGGCCUUUGAGGAUGAAACUGCUCUUUAGGAGCUUGAAUAGAGUAGUAAUAGAAAAAUAGGUAAGAAUAAAGCAAAGUUGCCUUAAUUUAAAAAGCUGCUGUUUUAGAACUCGAAUAAAUGCUCCUAAAGUAACCAUUAUUAGGGACCAGAAAAUAGUAUCUUGUUUAAGUUAUGGAUAACCAUUUUCCUUUUCGUAUGUCAGAAUAUUUUUGGUCAAUUAUUUUGCUAUAGUGAGGAAGAAAAAAAAAAUCUAAAGAUAUCUCCCCAUUUAAAAUAAAAAAUGGAAACACUCAACUUAGACUUGAGGGGAAUAAUAUGAAAUUAA